UCAUCUACACCGGCUAAUGCUAACAAUUCAUCUUGAAAGUCAGCCAUGUUGGUGAAGGAUAGGUCACCCUACCAUACCAAUCUACUACAACAUAGCAAAUACCAUUCAGGUGCACAUGCAUACGCCUGUUAGAGCAUGUUACAGUAAAGGAUUGGAAUUUGGUUUGUGUUUAGAGCUAUGCCUAUAAAUUACUAUUGCAUGUUUCAGUAGAAAAUUGACUGUGGCCUAGGAAAGUAAAUAUAUCAAAGUUUCAGUUCCUUAACAUUAGAUUUCGUUGAUUUUUGUAUUAAUACUCGUGUAAGAACUAUAUUAGUUCUUAAAUCUGAAAAAGGACUCCUAAUCAGUUCGAUUGAUUCAAAGCGGUGCUGUGCUGUGUAUAGUAGCAUAACGAAAUGAAUUAUGCUUUGAAAGCGAUAUUGGAGCUUUGUAUAGAGGAAGAUCUUUUGAUGAAAGCUCUUGGAGUCUUACAAUAUUUAGUUCAAGUAUCUUCCACAAGAGUUCCAGCUUGUUAUGUACAGUUAUGCAUAAGUCUUCUUGUUAAUCCUGAAUAUCCACAAGUGAAUCUUCAAGAGACUAGUCAUCAUGUGCUUUUACAAAUUUUAAAAAAAGGACGUAAAGAGGAUUUAAUUGCUUGGUCAUUUGAAACCGAAUUGUCUGACUUUGACAUUCCUCGUGAUGAGAGCUUGUCACUUUUUUCAAAGCACAAUAUUUUCCUGAAAGACAUUGACUUUUGGGAUCUGGUAGCAUAUGCCUUUGCAAUACCGGAUGAUGUGAAUCGUUGGCUUCUGCUGCUAGAUAUCUGGAUAUUUGCUUUAGACUGUGAUGCAAAAUCAAAUAAUUCCUUAUUGAUGAAAGAAUACUUGGGCGAUGACUAUUGCGAAUUGAGUGAUGCGGUAGAAAUUAUUUUGACUGGUUUCCUCCCGAAGCAGCGACCAUAUGCAUCUCCAUUCUCAGGCGAUGAUGAGGAUGUUCAAAGAACGGCAUUUGGUAAAGCAUAUUUAUCAAAUGAGACUGUUCAAAAACUGGAGACCUUCGCAGCUCGUCUCCUUCAAUUGGUCUGGCUUUCACUUCCUAAAGGCCUCUCUGUCGUUGUACAACUAACAAAGUCUCAUCAUUUUCUGAGCCUAGUCGAUUCUUAUAUUGAAUCUUUUCCUCCGCAAAAACAACAAAGGGUUUUUCAAUCACUCGGUAAUUCGUCCCUCUGCUAUUCUUUGAGUCAGUAUUGUAUAAUGAAAGGAGCAGGUAUAUCUCUGAAUAUUCGUCAUGUGCUGGAUAGUUCGGUUCAGCAUCUUAACUCAUUUGUAAGAGGAUUUGUCCCAAAAAAAAAGAAUCGCCAGAUUUUUCACCUAAUAAGCUGGACGUUUUUCUUUUCUUCGUUGUUAUCCGGAAAGUCUAUCACUUUACAUAAGGACAGAACCAGUCUUUUAUUAGAACAUAUGAAAACGUUCUACUUGACAUAUGAGAAACUCAAUAUGGAAAAAUUCAGUACUUUCAUGAAACCUUUGUCGUCUUUAAUUUAUAUAUUGGAGCAGUUUGAUGGUGCAGCGAUACAGCAAAGAUAAAAUUAAUCUGAGAAUUAGAUUCUUAAAAAAAUAGAGCAAAUGUACUAAAGUAGUCAAUAUAUUAUAUGAGG